AUGGUAAUGAAAGAGAAUGGCCAAGUGACGGAUGCCACAGUCAAAGCAAAUGGCCGAACGGAUCCUAAAAAUCCACGAAAGAAGGGCUUCGUGCGAUGGACAGUCGGACUUGUCGUGAGGUUAUGUAUAUGGUACACACUCGUCAUACCGUUCUUCAGGUGCCCAUCCCGCCUCGCAGACCUCACAGAGACGUCACCUCGAGUUUGCAAGCCUUACCUGAUUACUCGUUCGCAUGUGGAACCUUAUGUGAAGCCACAUUAUGAUAUUUAUGCGGCGCCUUACCUUGAUCAAGCCCGGCCAUACGUGGAAGUCUUUAACCACCGUUUCUAUACUCCAGCAUCAAAAGUUGCCAAAUCAGGAUAUGAAAAGUACGGAGCGCCGGCAUUAGAGCAAGCUCAGGCGUAUGGGACUGAGCAAUGGCAAUACCAAGUCACACCAAUACUCCAAAUUGCUCAAAAUAAGGUACACCAACUUUAUUUGGCCAAGGUUGAUCCCUAUGUCCAGCAAAGCGUUGCUUUUGUCUCUCCAUACUAUCAAUGGGCCGACACCGUUGUGCUCAAUGUCUUUCAGGACCAUCUAGUGCCUUUCUACGCGCAUUCCAGACCUUUCAUCGGGAAAGCUUACUCCACGAGCCAUGGUAUUCUGACAACCCAUGUCUUGCCCGGGGCGCAGUACACAUGGUCAUCCGUGGUCUACUUUACUAAUAGCUCACUUUGGCCCCAUGUUACUGGUCUUUACUCUGAGCAAGUAGAGCCCCAGCUGGUGAAGAUUGGUCAGCGGUUGGCAAGCUACAGAGAGGGCAAGCGACUUCGCGCUGUUAUAGAGGACGUGGAUAGCAGCUCAACAGUCCAGCCCGUUACCUCUUUGAUUACCAAGUUACAGGACCAAAUCCACACGACGACCACUUUGACCUCAACCUCAACGCCCCAAGCUUCUGCUCAACCCACCCUAACCCCUUCCGAGCAAGCGCAGCAAGUCCGCGAGAAGAUAGAUUCGGAUCUUGAGCGGUGGCAUGGAAAAUUUGUUCUUGCGGCUGAUAAAGGCAUUGAAGACCUUGAGGAACGUAUUGAGGAGAUCGUGUCCACCCUAGUUGCAAGCAGCGGGAAGAGCCACGGCCGGAGCCUUUCUACCGCGCUUCAGUCGGUUUCAGCGGAGCAGCUUUCUUCCAUCAAGCAACGUAUCAACGAACUCGCGGCUUCAAUGCCAGAGGAGGACGCCCCGGAGAUCGAGAAGUCUACUAGCGAUUUGCUGAUUCAGGAAAUCCGAACUUCUGCUAUCUCUGUGAGAGAUCGCGCCCAUGCACUCAGAGAGUGGUCUAUCUUGUUCGAAGACGAACUUGUUCGCCGAGUUACUGCUGCUAUCAAUUCGACACUCGAUGUUCUCGACAGCAUUCGGGAUCUAGGCUUACAAGAAAUCGGCAUGCGCUGGGCGUGGAUGGAUGGCGUCACAUACCAGGAUUGGGCCAAGUACCAUGCGCUCAAGGCCCAACUCGAAGAAUGGCGCAACGAGAUCCGAGGUGUCGGCAUGAGCUACAAAUCCGUAUCUGACGCCAGAGCCGUGGCGAUUGAAAUAUUAGACCAGGGCAUGCAUGAAGCCGAGCAAGCUGCCAAGGAAUUUGUCCGGUUAAAGGAUGUUGGUAUCUGGAAGAUCGCUGCCCGUGAAGUAAGCGAUGAUUUUGAAACUCGCGCCGAAGCCCCCCCGGCGAGGUCCAAGCCCCAGGAGACCAAGGAAUCUUACGAGGACGCCGCCAAGGUGGAUUCUGAUAACGACGAGUCUUCUGAAGAGGUAGCAAUGCCACUUUCGGGCGACGCUUACGAAGAAAUUCCCUUCGCCGAUAAGCCUUCUGCGGCUGUCGAUGCUGGUGCUGAAUUUGAUGUCGAUACCGAGUCUGUUGUGGGCGAUGAUAUUUUGGUGGAAGAGCAGCCCUCCGAAGGGUCCGCCUUUGGUGUUGCGGCUGCAGAUGCAAAUUCGCAUCAAGCGCCUGUCUUAGAUAACGAGGGUCAGGAUGUCCUGGACAGUCUAGUGAGCAAGGCCGGCGAUUCUUUCGCCAAGGCGAGCAACGCUGUUAGCGAAGCUAUCUAUGAUGCAUCUACGACCCCAGCAUCAUUGGCCAGUGAACAGUACUAUCUCGACUGUUCCGCCGCCUCUACCGCUAUCAAUGGUGCUCCUCUAUGCCCUGGAGAGAUGAUUUCCAGUGACACCUUUCAAAAAUAUAGCGAUGCAGUAGCCGCUGCGUCGUCGGUCAUUUACAGCGCCCCGACGCCAAUUGUCCAAUCUUUGAUGGCCGGAGCUAGCUCAGAUUUUGUUGGUUCCACGGAUCAGGCUAAAGUACUAUAUGAGAUCGCGAAGUCUCAAGUUCUUGGUCAAAUGGCUGAGUCUAGCGCUCCUGUUCAUGCCCAGCUCCUAGCUUCCAUAGAGUCGACCUAUUCUGGGUCUUUAAAAUAUGCCACAGAUGAGCUGGAGUCCAAGCUUCGCGUAGUUCGUGCUACCCCGACGCCAUCCGAUGCCGGACCUCUGGCCCAGAUUUCAUUCAUCGCAUCAUCCCGGCUAAGCCAGGGGCUCAGCUUAGCAUCCGAACAAUUAGCUCAAGUUCAGCCAUCUGCUACAACCGCCAGUCUUCUGCAGGCGGGGUUCGAACCAUUCGUCCUUGAUGCGCAGCGUCGCUACUACGAAGCAGUAGGGUUGGCUCACGAUCACUACUCUGCUUUUGUCUCUACGGCAUCUGGGGUAGUCUAUGGUUCUCCAACUCCCAUAACAGCUGGAAGCUUCAUGGGAAUCAUUGAAAAAGCUGGGUCUCAAUACGAGGACGCUUCCUCGUUGGCUUCUGCCAGUCUUGCCGCUGUCGUCGCAUCGGUAAGCUCGGUCGUCUCUUCCGCGGAUGGCGGCAAAGCACAAAGAAUCAUCUAUGAUGCUUCCUCCAGAUACAAUGCUGCCCUCUCUGUCGCUUCCUCCUCUCUCUCUGCGGCUUCCAUGUCGGCCAGCUCAGCCAUCUAUGGAACUUCCACAGGUCAUGCAGAGUCCCUUUCUAGUCAAGCGUCUGAAAACUGGGGAAAUCUCAUUUCCAAAGCCAGUGAACAGAUCUACGGAGCACCAACGCCGCAUCUGCAACAAGUGGUGAACAAUGGGCGUCCGCAGUUUGAAGCUGUACAAGUGCUCGUCUCUGAACUGAUUGUGGGCAAGCAGCCUUCAUUUACCGAGAGUGUACUAAGCAAGCUGCGCGCAGUAUACGAGACACCUUACCCGGCUCCCGCUGUCUCCUCUGCGUCUAGCUACAUCGACCAGGCUUAUGGAUCUGCGUCCUCCGCCGCACCUUUUAUUGUUUCAGAAGUUCCGAGCGUAGAGGACAUCGUGCAACACGCAAGUGACCAACUCCAUGCUGUUGUUGAAGCCGCCAGUGUUGGUAUCUACGGGACUCCCAAGGGUUUCUACGAAAAAGCCGCCGAUGCCGCAGCCGAUGCCUACUCAAAAUCUUCCGCUCAAAUCAGUGAUGCAGCAUACUGCAAGGAAUCUGGUUAUAUCGAUAUCGCCAAGGAUGCCAAUGAGAAUAUUCAAUCCACAGCCAGCGCGUCUAUCUACGGCGAGGAACCUAACGCAAUGGAGAGAGCAACUAUCCGUCUUGCUGAAGCUGUUGAAAGCGCUAGGUCUCAGCUUGCUGAUCUAGCCGCUAGCGCUAGCAGCCUUGCAUCUGGGGCAGUUGAGACCGCCGCAUCGCGUGUUGAAGAUAAAACAAGCAGCAUUGUGAGUGCAGCCGCUUCAUUCAAAGAUGAACUCUGA